AGGAGGGGUCCUCGGCCUGCUCGACUAGAAGACGAAGGGGGCGUCUCCUCCGCUUCCUGCGGCGACGGCGGCGAGCUGAGUUGGAGGCUGACAGUGGCUGCGACGGCGACAGUGGCGGUGGCGCCAUGGCAGGGCUCUCAGGUACGCGCAUUGGGAGUCCCUCUCCCACCUGGAGCCCAGGCACACUUACCUGUAGCAGCACGCGGAAGAUGUACCAGCCAAUGAUAAGCAGCUCUGCCGAGGCUGCCGCUACUGCCGCCAUGGUUCCAAGAGUGGAUCCCUGCUGCCUUGGUGAUCCCAGGCUGACAGCCAGAGAGCACAGCGGCUCAGCUCCUGGAGAGUGAGGGUUGAAGACAGCAGAGGGCAGCCGCCUGCGCUUGCUGACUCCCGUUAGGUCGGUUCCCGCAGCAGUGCCCGGUGGCCUUGGCGCAGGCCCUGCCCGGCAGAGAUCAUGUAUUGCCUCCAGUGGCUGCUGCCCGUCCUCCUCAUCCCUAAGCCUCUCAACCCCGCCCUGUGGUUCAGCCACUCCAUGUUCAUGGGUUUCUACCUGCUCAGCUUCCUCUUGGAGCGAAAGCCUUGCACCAUUUGUGCAUUGGUUUUCCUGGCAGCCCUCUUCCUCAUCUGCUAUAGCUGCUGGGGGAACUGUUUCCUGUACCACUGUUCCGAUUCCCCGCUUCCAGACUCGGCGCACGACCCUGGUGUUGUGGGCACCUAACAGCCCGCCUAGUUAGCUUUCCAAGAAGCAGAAGACGGGAGGGGAGGCAUUGACAUAGGUUAUAAAGCAUUGGAGUUUAAAAUCCCGCAGCCCUGCGGGUGCCACAUUCCUGACAGCGCCUUUUUGGCCUGUAAUGUUUUAUCCUUAUAAUGUGAAUAAUAGCACUGACCGGUGCUUUUAAUGUAGAGUCCUGUAGUCGUGGAUGGUCUUGUGGUUGUGUGUGUUCUGUACCCUUCUUGGUUCCAGCUGGUGGGAUGGCCAAUCACCUCGCCUUAUUCCUGCGAGGAGUCUGCGUCCAUCCUGGUCAACAGCCCUGGGGUGACCUGGGCGGAUAAAAUGCCAGUCUCACUGUCACCUCUGUGACCCUUUCUUGUCUGGGUCUCCUUCUUUCCCUCCCCACAAUGGUACUGCCUCCUUAAUCCCUCUCCUGGUUUCCCUUUCGUUCUCUCCUAUUUGAGGGAGCACCUGUCUAAGACAGAGCUCACUUUUGCACUUAUCUCGAAUUUGAAGAGAUUGCUGACGCCCGAGAGCCUCGCUUUUUCCCCCCUUUUCCCCCUUUGUCAGCAGCCUAGACAGAAAUAUGUCUUGACUGUUGGUUGACCACAAAUUUCCAGUAUUUUCUCCACUUCAUUUUUCAGAAAGAAGCAACAGGUAGAUGCUGCUUUUUCACCUGGGUGUCCAGUUUCAUGACUUGCAGCUCAGCCUCACUUCCCUUGCCCUUCCUCCCGCCUUUCUCGACCGUCCUGAGGAGUGGGGGUCUCAUUGUGCCUCUCAUGCAUGCUCUGCAGGAUUGAGGCAUGGUGUGCUCACAUAGACCUAGCAGUCCCCAGCUGAGUGGGUGGGAGAAUGAAUACAUGUGUUUCAUAAUGGCCAUGAUCCCUUUGGUAGGUGUUUGGAUGUUUUUUUUGGUGUGCCCUGUGUGUGUGUCUACAAAUACAUGUGUAUAUUCCUUUUAAAGAAGCUUUAUCAAAUGUGUUCUGAUAUUGAGGUUUAGCAAUAGCUAGUUAUGGUGGGUGCUGCUGCAGUUUUUAUUUAGCGUGGGGAUUACAGAGUGACCAGCACACUCGACUUCAAGGUGGUUCCGACGAGACAGAGGAGCACAGUGACCACUGUCCUCACGCUGGGAGCUUCGUUCCUGUGCACAUAGACUGUACCUUAUGAAGAAUUCACAGGAAGACUCUGUGACUGUCGCUUGCUUUUUCCUUUUUCUGCGCUUCAGUUACAAGUGUUGGCAUACUAGACUUUUCUCCUGGCCCCUGUCCACUGGGAAUCAGCAUGGCUGUCCUCCUGUCAGAACCAUCCAUCUUUCUCUUGCCUGACACGGGAGGGAGGUGGGCCUGGCAGAGGACAGAACCGGAGGCACUCCAUCUAGGGAAUGGGACUGCGAGGCCACACUUGUGAAGCACUUGGACUGCUAUUCGGAGCUUUUAUUUCUGGUGUGUUCAUUGCACAGCUGUUUGAACUGUUUAAUAAAGCUUUAUAAACUUUA